AUGUUGGGCGACAAUUUUGUCUGGGGUGGUUUGCACAACGUGUCGCCAUUGGUGUUAGUUGUGUUUGUUGGUUUGAUUGCUGUGGCCGUGACCAAGAAGCUCUUUGAUUUCUUCACCUCCACCAGCGAUCCCUUUGGAGGAUUGAAGCCAUGGGAACCGAAGUGGUUUGCGGGAAUGCGGUUUUGGUUAGGUGCCCGGGAUAUGAUACAUGACGGCUAUGAGAAAUAUAAAGGAAAAUACUUCCAGCUACCGCGUAAUGAUCGCAAUAUUUUGGUCAUCCCAAGAGAAUAUGUCGAUGAGCUGAGAAACUACCCAACUGAGCGGUUAUCGUCUAUUCAGGCCCUGAUCAAUAAUAUGGUCGGUCAAUAUUCAUAUAUGGACGUACUGCUCGAGAGCAACCUGCACACGCGGGUCUUGCAGUCGAAACUCACGCCGAAUCUGGCCAAUUUUACAUCAGCCAUGGCUGACGAGUUGAAUUAUGCAUUAGCUAAAGCUCUUCCCAACGUCACUGACCAAUGGUCAGAAGUCGAAAUAUACGAAGUGCUGCGUACCAUUGUCGCGCGCGUCUCCGCCCGGAUUUUCGUCGGCCUCCCAACCUGCCGCAACGAUGAAUGGAUCUUUUCGUCAAUACGCUACACGGAAGCCGCCACAAUUACGACAAUGCUGCUUCGCGGUCUUCCGGCCAUAUUCCGCCCAUUCGUUGUACGCGCCUUGCCGUCUUACUGGAAUACUAAGAAAUGGGUUAAACGAGGUGCAGACAUUAUUCUUCCAAUAAUUGACCAGCGUCGUGUCAGCGCUGAGAAACCUGGUUACGAAAGGCCGUCCGACCUACUGCAAUGGAUGAUUGAUGAAGCGAAGGGGAAGGAGAGCGAUACUUACAAUCUAGCCUUGCGAGAGCUGGUUAUGAAUCUAGCGAGUGUGCACACGACGACCAUGUCAACAGCACACGUAUUGUUUGAUAUGUGCCAAAUGCCUGAGUACUUCAAUAUCAUGCGAGACGAGAUGCGAAUAGUGCUGGCGGAAGACAACGGUUGGCAAAGGUUAACCCCGACAAAGUUGCGGAAGCUGGACAGUAUGUUGAAGGAGAGCCAGCGUGUCAGUCCCCCCAGUCUAUUGGGUUUCCACCGCCUUGUUCAAAACCAACCUAUCACCCUCUCUGACGGAAAAGUCCUUCCCCCGGGGACUCAUGUGUGCACUGCUUCCUAUGAAAUUUCUCGUGAUGAGGACAUUCUUCCGAACCAGGAGUAUGAUGGCCUGCGCUACUACAAGCUCCGCGAUGACCCAGCCAAUGAUAAGAGGCUAGCAUUCGCGCAGACAGACAAAGCGCACAUGCACUUUGGGCAUGGGCGGCAUGCGUGCCCUGGCCGCUUCUUUGCUAGCAACGAGAUGAAGAUGAUUCUGACGGAGUUGCUAUUGCGGUACGACUUCAAGUUUGUAGACGGGCAGGGCCGGCCGACCAACAUUAACGCGGAUGAGUUCUUAUAUGCGGACCCGUCAACAAAAUUGCUUGUGAAGAAGAGGGUAGAAGAAUGA